UGUAGAAUGUACUUUUAAUGCUAGUUUUAAUACUGUUCUUGAGAUAUUCUAUAGCUUAAUACUGUGUUCUUUAGAUAAUUUGUACCUUAAAAGCGGCCUAUUUUAAAACCUCUAAAGAGGUUGACUGUGUUCAUUAGAUACUCCAUCAUGUGGAUGCUCUGUAGUUAGGUUCAGGUAAUGUAAAUUUACCUUGUUUCUGUCAUAACAAUUACCAGAGCAGUAGUAGUGUGUGUGUGUGUGUGUGUGUGUGUGUGUGUGUGUGUGUGUGUGUGUGUGUGUGUGUGUGUGUGUGUGUGUGUGUGUGUGUGUGUGUGUGUGUGUGUGUGUGUGUGUGUGUGUGUGUGUGUGUGUGUGUUUGAUUGAUUGUGUCUGAGCAUGUUGAUCAUGGCUGUGUUUUAUUCUAUUCUGCGGUGGUAAUUCUCCACAGUAAAUGGUGUCGUAAGGUUAAUGUUGAUUUAAUAAGCAAAUCAUUUCAAGCUGUUGUUCUGGAAUUACAGAGUAAAACAAGAUUAGAUAUUCGAACACUUUGCUUUGCCCUGAACCAAUGAAGAAAAUCAGAUUAUGUUGGGAAAAAUAUCUUAACGUAGAUAGCUUUAUGACAUAGGUAGCUAUGACGAAGGUAGCUUUAUAAUGUAGAUAGAUAUAUCUAGAGCUUAAUAAUAUAGGUGUUUAUAUAACGCAGAUAGCUUUAUAAUGUAUAUAGCUGCAUCAUCUAGCAAGCUUAAUAGCAUAGGUUGUUAUGUUACGCGGAUAGCUAUUUAAUGCAGGUAGGUAUCUACAAACAUAGUAUGUUAACGUUGGUGGCUAAAUAAUGUAGCAUCUAAAAACUCUCCUCACCCUAACACUAGCUCAGAGCUAACAGCGCUAGGUAACUUGAGAGUGGAGCAUCUAUAAGGUAGAUAUGUAUGUAUCAGGUUAGACCAAUCAGUGAUCUGCUCAUUGUGUCUCGUCCCGGUCGUCUGGUGAUCGGCCGACACACGUUGUCUCUGCUUACGUCCUGGUCCUUCAUCACGGAGAGGAGGAACAAUGCAUCACGCUGAGCUGACAGUUUGUGUGUGUGGGACGCCAACUGGGAAGCACACACACCUGUCAGAUAAGAUAAGGAUAGGAUAACACCGCCACUCCAGUGAGGCCAGCUCCCCUUAUUGGGUCCUGAUUGUUAUUACUGCAGUAACUCGUUUAGGUGGAGCUAGCACAUGUUAGGACGUCCGCCCACCAAAGCUUGCAGGUGGAGCGCGUCUUCUCCAGCGUGUGAGGGCCGACAUUUGGCGCAGGAGGUAGAGCGGGUUAAAUAGUUACCGGAAGGUUGCUAGUUCAAUCCCCUGCUCCUUAUAGCUGGCUGACGCCCUGCGUGGUUAACUCUGCUGUCGGUGUCUGAUUGUAUGUAUAAAUGGGUGAAAUGUAUGUGAAUGGAUGAAUGUUAGGCACUAUUGUAAAGUGCUUUGAGUGGCCACUGGUUAGAAAACCACGUUGUCUAAUCAGAGAGCCCCACGGUGUGGUGUAUGACGAGCUUGCAGCCCUGUGGGGUUUGUGUUUCCUGUCUGUUUUCCUGCCGCUGCCCUGUAUCGGAGCCGUCUGCACAGCUGGUCCAGUUAGCCGGCUGAGGUGAGGGAGUCUGCACCAGUUAAUGUUCCUCUGGUGGGAAGGCGAGGACACUGGGAGGUCCAGACUCCUCCUGCAGCUCCACUAGAGAAGGACUAGAGAAGAGCCGGGGGAACCGGGACAGACCUCCAAACAGCGGGCCAUGGCACAGAGGACCCCUGCUGCUCAGAGCGAGCCGUGACAGGGUGGACUUCGACCGGAGUCAUGAUGGCCUCAUGCUGGCCCCUGUUCCUGGGUCUGGCCCUGCUGGCGGUCCUGCUCGGUGCCGCUCGGGGCUGUCCAUCCCGCUGCGAGUGCUCCGCCCAGAGCAAGGGGGUGGUCUGCCACCGCAAGCGCAUGCCAAGCAUCCCAGACGGCAUCCCCAUCGAGACUCGGCUCCUGGACCUCAGCAAGAACAAGCUGACCAUGAUCAACCCCGACGACUUUGCUGCCUUCCCCGGUCUGGAGGAGCUGGACCUGAGCGGGAACAUCGUGAGCUACGUGGAGCCGGGCGCCUUCAACGCUCUGUUCACCAUGCACACGCUCAGCCUCAAGAGCAACCGCAUCAAGCUGAUCCCCCUGGGAGUGUUCACCGGAUUGACCAACCUCACAAGGCUGGACAUCAGCGAUAACAAGAUAGUGAUCCUGUUGGAUUACAUGUUCCAGGACCUGCACAACCUGAGGUUCCUGGAGGUGGGGGACAACGACCUGGUUUACAUUUCUCACCGUGCAUUCAGCGGACUCUCCAGCCUGGAGAUACUGACUCUGGAGCGUUGCAACCUGAGCGUGGUGCCCACGGAGGCGCUGUCCCACCUGCACAGCCUGGUGAGCCUCCGUCUGAGGCACCUCGGCAUCAGCUCCCUGCACCCGUACUCCUUCAAGAAGCUGUUCCGCCUGCAGCAUCUAGAGAUCGACCACUGGCCCUCCCUGGACCUGGUCCCGGUCAACUCCCUGCAUGGCCUCAACCUGACCACCCUCUUCAUUACCAACACCAACCUGUCCGCCUUCCCCUCCCAGGCGCUUAAGCACCUGCCCUUCCUGACGCACCUCAACCUGUCCUUCAACCGCAUCCGCCACAUCGAGGCGGGGAUGCUGCUGGAGCUGGUGCGGCUGCGGGAGCUGCACCUGGUGGGGGCGCAGCUGUCCAGCAUCGAGCCCCACGCCUUCCAGGGUCUCCGCUGGCUCCGGAUCCUCAACGUGUCCCACAACCACCUGGACACCCUGGAGAAGGGUGUGUUCCAGGCGCCCGAGGCCUUGGAGGUGCUGCUGAUCGACCACAACCCCCUGGUGUGCGACUGCCGGCUCAUGUGGCUCCUCCAGAAGCGUCAGUUCGUGUUCUUCGGCGAGGCGCAGCCGGAGUGCAGCACGCCGGAGGGGAUCCGCGGCCGCGCCUUCAAGGAGUUCAAGGAGAUGCUGCUGUCCUACUACGUGACAUGCACCAAGCCCAAGAUCCGGGAGAACCGGACGCAGACGGUGACGGUGGACGAGGGCCAGCAGGCCCUGCUGCGCUGUACGGCCGAAGGGACCCCACGGCCCACCGUGUCCUGGCUGUCGCCGAGGAGACGCCUGCUCACCAGCAAAAGCCACGGGAGGGUCCGCGUCCACGGCAACGGGACGCUGGAGAUCGUGUCGGCGGAGGUACAGGACAGCGGCGUGUACCUCUGCCUGGCGUCCAACACAGCGGGGAACGACUCCCUGAUGACCUCGCUGGCGGUGAAGAGCUUAGGGUCGCUCUACGCCAACAGGACCCAGUACCACGCCGACACCGGCAAUGCCACCGGCAACGGCACCGCCAACAUCACCCUGGGCUUGGACCUUAAGACUAUCCUGGUGUCGACGGCCAUGGGCUGCUUCACCUUCCUUGGGGUAGUGUUGUUCUGCUUCCUGCUCCUGUUUGUGUGGAGCCGGGGCAAAGGGAAGCAUAAAAACAACAUUGACGUGGAGUACGUUCCGCGCUCCAAGUCCAACGGGACCAACGUGGAUUCGGCCGACGCACAGGCCGGGCCACGCCGCUUCAACAUGAAGAUGAUGUAACCGCUUUUUUAGAGACGGGAAUCCAGAGGACAUUCAGAUGCCGGAGAAGAUUAUGUAUUUUUAUUGCAGACGGGAUGGAGCGCCCUCCUGGCGUCGGGAGCGAUGACGGGCGAGGAAGGGGAUUGCGUGAUCUUGUGAUUCCCGAAAUGCAUUAAAGUUGACAUGUGUUCUCGCGUCGUUGCCAGAGCGACAACUUCUUCAAUUUAUGGACGGGGCGACGGACAUCCGCACCACAAAUACUGAAAGUAAAGGACCUCCUGCUUUUGGGAAUGUAUUAAAAAAAGAAGGCAAACAAUCACGGCCGUUUGGGGCCCCAGACUUGGCUGAACCGUGUACAGUGAACAUUUGUAUCCAAGCUAUUACUCGACCUUAGUCUUGCUCCAUGCUUCUUCCCUCACUCUGCAGAGCCACGCCCAUCCCUCCCUAUGUUCGGUACUUUGCACAUGUGUACCCCUGCUUCAUUGUGUCCAUGUUCGUACGUAUCCAUCCUGAAGAACAACUCAUAGCAAUACUCAUAGGAUGUGUAAUCCUGGAGCUUCAAGCAGACCUGGAGCAGGAAGGCUUCUGUGGGGGACCAUCAGAUAUGAAACCUGUUCCUCGAUUGACUCCACAUUAUGGUAUAUUUAUAUUUAUAUAUAUUAUUAUUAAAUAUACAAAUAUUUUAUUUAUCAAACAUUCAGAAGGUUUCCGAACGGAGUCCUUGAUCGAU